AUGGCGGGGCCGGAAGUGGUGGGCGGGGCUUCCGGGAAGGGUUUCCAUGGUUACCGCGUUGUUUGGGAGGAGGCGGCGGUUGCACAGCGGCUCCGGGGGAUUGAUGAUGCCCGUCGAGUUUAUGAAGAAACAAUGGAUUCAAUUGACAAGCAGGGUAUCCCUCUUCCUCAGCCUGAGCUACCCAGCACAAUGAACAGUGAAGCAAAGAAGCGAAGAUUAAAUUACCUGUACAUGAAACAAAGUGUGGAGAGCAGCCCUGUGGUCCCAAUUCAGCAGGAGUGGUUGGCAACAAUUUUGACUCUGGUACCUGAGGGUCUGAGAGAAGGUAAGAAGAGAGAGACAAUGGUCCAGGACCUGUUUGAAGAGGUUGUUCAAGACUUUGACAAGAGCAUGAAGCGAUUUAUGGUGAGAAACGUUCUUGUGAAGCCAGAUGUAAAAGGUCUUGAAUAUGAAGACUCUGCCCCUCUUCCAGAGGAACCUUUAGGUUUGGACUUCUCUAAACCUUGGCAUGAGAGCGUUGUAAAAGCUAAAGAGGAGAUCAAAAGGAAUCUUCACAUUAUUCAUCCAGCCAUGCAGACGAUUCUGAAUUUGGGUUAUAUGAAUUUUAAUAAUUUGCUACUGAUGGAUAUGUCUGAUUGCAGAUCUAAAGGACCAAUUGAAUGUGACACCUUCAAGAACAAUGUGGUGAUAGAGCACAGAAAAAUGGAAAAGCGUAUAAUGGAGAUGUGGUACCCGUGCAUUAUUAACCUCUUCACUAACAAAGAGGAGAUAAAGAAUAUUAAACCUGAGAACUUGGAGUCCUUCUACACCAGUGCUGAUGUUCUGAUAACCAAUCAGCUGAGAGAGUUUCUUGGAAGAACAUUAAUGGCUUAUGUAGAACUGUUUGACAAAGUUGAGAAAUACAAGAUGCCGUUGUUUAAGAUGGAGUUAAUAUUUGAUGAUGAGAAGAUGGAGUUUUAUCCUACUUUUGCGGAUCUGGAGAACACAGUGGUUUUUAUGAUAUAUGAAGCAGAAGAAGCCAUGCAGGGUGUUCAAAGUGUGCGUUCCUGGAUGUCAGAGAGUAACACAGUUACCAAUAUCGAAGUUCAACCUGCUCAAGAUAUUAUCAACUGGGCCACUUUCACACUUAAAGAAACUGUUAAGAGCCAAUUUGAAGGCCCUGCAACACACUUCCAAGGAUAUGUUGAAAGUUAUGACUGGCUAAUAAAUGGGACCGCGGAGGAACGUGUGCAAAACUUCAUAGAAGAGGAUCAUACAUUUGAGGAAUUCACUACGUUUCUGGAAGAAUUUCGUAGUUUGGCCAAAGAGAUCAUGAGUCUGCCAAAGGUGGCUCACUUUGACAUGGUACGCUUGGACUGUGAAGACUUAAAACAAGGCCUGUCAGAAAAAGCAAAGAGCUUUGCAGAAAUUCUUUUGGAUAAACUGGUUGCAAAACACAGAGAAGAAAAUGAAAACAUUUGUCAGGAGUUUGAAAAUAUCAUAGAAAGAGCUUUGACCAUCCCGGAAAAUACAAAGGAGAUGAUUGACACCAUGAACUUUGUGGAGAAUGUGAAAGAGAUAGGUAUUGUGGAGCUUAAUAAAAGAAUCAAAAAGUGUUAUCAAAGAAUGAAUUACCUGCUGGAUGUGUAUUUAUUCACACCUAAAGACCUGGAAUUACAUGCCACAGUGCUCCUUUGGCCCAAAAAUAUCAAUCCUGUUUUUGACAAGAAUGAUGAGUUGUUUGAGAAAGCAAAGCUUAAGGGUGAGACUGAGUUAUUGGCGAAGCGGGAGAAGGUGACACUGGAACUGGAGAAGCUCUCCCGCCGCACAGAGGAGUUUGCGGAGUGUUCGGAGCUCGAUCUAAUGCAGCAGUAUGUGAAUGAUGUGCGCACAGUGCAGAAGAGAGUACAAGAGGCAGAGGAUGUGAUUGCAUACAUCAACGGAGAGGAAGUUCUCUAUAAAUGGGAUCAGUCCACUUAUCCAUUCACUGAUAUGAUCAAAGUUAAUAUUGAACCUUACCAGAAGCUCUUUGGUGUGGUCCUGAAAUGGCAACGGACGGAGAAGAAGUGGAUGGAUGGAACAUUCUUUGAUCUGAAUGGGGAGACCAUGGAGACAGAAGUGGAUGACUUCUUCCGUGAAAUUUUUAAGAUGUUGAAGUUCUUCCAGCAGAAACAAAAGAAAGCAGAAAUGGAGAAAAAGAAGGCAGCUCCUCGUCGCAGGCUGGGUGAGGAAGAGGUGGUGGAAGAAAAGAAGGACAGCCCAUCUGCUGUGAUGUGUUCUCAAGUAAUGUCUCAAAUUAAAGAAUUCAAGGAGAUUAUCCCUCUUGUAUCUAUACUGUGUAAUCCAGGUAUGAGGGCUCGGCACUGGUCACAGAUGUCUGAGAUUGUAGGCUUUGAUCUGACCCCAGACUCAGGAACAACUCUGCGAAAAAUGCUGAGAAAGAAUCUCACACCAUACCUGGAAAGGUUUGAAGAAACCAGUGCUGCUGCCAGCAAGGAAUUCUCAUUGGAAAAAACCAUGAAUACUAUGGUGGAGGUCUGGGAGGAUAUUGCCUUUGGUACUUUGGCCUAUCGUGACACUGGUGUCUCAAUCUUAACAGCAGUGGAUGAGAUUCAAACAAUACUCGAUGAUCAAAUUGUCAAGACACAGACAAUGAGAGGUUCACCAUUCUCUAAACCAUUUGAAAGAAAAAUAAAGGAUUGGGAAGAACGCCUGAUCAAUAUUCAGGAAACCAUUGAUGAAUGGCUGAAAGUACAGGCUCAGUGGCUUUAUCUAGAACCCAUCUUUUCUUCUGAGGAUAUAAUGCAACAGAUGCCAGAAGAAGGGCGCCUUUUCCAGACUGUUGACAGGAACUGGAGAGACAUCAUGAGGCACUGUGCUAAGGACCCGAAGGUCCUGGCAGCGACGUCUCUGACAGGUUUGCUACAGAAGCUGCAGGACUGCAAUGGCUUAUUGGACAGAAUCAUGAAGGGACUAAAUGCUUAUCUGGAGAAAAAACGUCUCUUCUUUCCUCGGUUUUUUUUUCUCUCUAAUGAUGAGAUGCUAGAAAUCCUUUCAGAAACUAAAGAUCCACUGAGAGUCCAGCCCCACCUGAAGAAAUGUUUUGAGGGAAUUGCCAAACUGGAAUUUCGACCUAACUUGGAUAUCAGCGCCAUGUUCAGUAGUGAAGGUGAACGAGUGGAGUUAAUUCAAAUCAUAUCAACUUCUGAAGCUCGUGGCGCUGUUGAGAAAUGGUUGAUCCAGGUGGAAGAUAUCAUGCUGAAAAGCACCCGUGAUGUCAUAGCUCGCUCACUACAGGCUUAUCCUAAGUAUUCGAGAAGGGAUUGGGUGAUAAACUGGCCGGGUCAGGUUGUGCUUUGCGUAUCCCAGAUGUUCUGGACCAAAGAGGUGCACGAGGCAAUCAGAAGUGGAGCACAGGGUCUCAGCAACUACAGUGAUAAACUUCAUGAACAGCUGAAUGAUAUAGUGCAGCUGGUGAGAGGAAAACUUUCUAAACAGACACGUAUAACUCUUGGUGCGCUCGUAACUAUUGAUGUACAUGCCAAAGAUGUUGUUACAGAAAUGAUUGCACAAGGUGUCUCAAGUGAGGCUGAUUUUCAGUGGCUUGCUCAACUUCGAUACUACUGGAAAAAUGAAAAUGUGCGUGUACAGAUUGUUAACUGUGAUGUAAAGUAUGCCUAUGAAUAUCUGGGUAACUCCCCUCGACUGGUCAUCACCCCAUUGACAGACAGGUGCUAUCGAACUUUGAUUGGAGCCUUUUUUCUGAAUUUGGGUGGAGCUCCUGAAGGACCUGCAGGGACAGGCAAGACAGAGACGACUAAAGAUUUGGCCAAAGCCCUCGCUGUCCAGUGUGUUGUCUUCAACUGUUCAGAUGGACUGGACUAUCUGGCUAUGGGCAAGUUUUUCAAAGGGUUGGCCUCUUCCGGUGCCUGGGCGUGUUUUGAUGAAUUUAAUCGUAUUGAGCUAGAAGUGUUAUCUGUGGUCGCUCAGCAGAUCCUUUGCAUUCAAAGAGCAAUCCAAAGCAAUCUGGAGUACUUUGUCUUUGAGGGGACCGAGCUCAAGCUCAACACUAACUGCUUUGUUGCUAUUACAAUGAAUCCAGGUUAUGCAGGCCGCUCAGAAUUGCCCGACAAUUUGAAGGUUUUGUUCCGAACAGUGGCUAUGAUGGUUCCCAACUAUGCACUGAUAGCAGAACUCUCCCUUUACUCUUACGGGUUCCUCAAUGCCAAGCCAUUGUCCGUGAAAAUAGUGAUGACUUACAGACUGUGUUCAGAGCAGCUUUCAUCUCAGUUUCACUAUGAUUAUGGAAUGCGGGCAGUAAAAGCUGUUUUAGUUGCAGCUGGAAACCUAAAGCUGAAAUUCCCUAUGGAGAAUGAAGAUAUUCUGUUGCUGCGUUCAAUCAAAGAUGUGAAUGAACCCAAGUUUCUGUCUCAUGACAUUCCAUUGUUUGCUGGUAUCACCAGUGAUCUAUUUCCAGGCAUUGAACUACCCGUGGCUGACUAUAAGCUUUUCCUUGAAUGUGCUGUGGAAUGCAGCGAGAAACAGAAUAUUCAACCAGUGAAGGCUUUCCUGGAUAAAAUGAUUCAGACGUAUGAAAUGAUGAUUGUCAGACACGGAUUCAUGCUCGUUGGAGAGCCUUUUUCUGGAAAAACCAAAGUUUUGCAUGUGUUGGCAGACACCUUGACAGUAAUGAAUGAACGUGGUUUGAAUGAGGAGGAAAAGGUUGUUCAUCGAACUGUGAACCCCAAAGCAAUUACUAUGGGUCAGCUCUUUGGGCAGUUUGACUUGGUCUCUCAUGAGUGGACUGAUGGCAUUGUUGCAAACACCUUCCGAGAAUUUGCUUCUGGAGAAACUCCAGACCGUAAAUGGGUUAUCUUUGAUGGACCUAUUGAUACCCUAUGGAUUGAAAGCAUGAACACCGUGCUGGACGAUAAUAAGAAGCUAUGUUUGAUGAGUGGAGAGAUCAUUCAGAUGUCUCCCCAGAUGAGCCUCAUCUUUGAAACUAUGGACCUUUCCCAAGCAUCACCUGCGACAGUCAGUCGUUGUGGUAUGAUCUACCUAGAACCAGCCCAACUGGGUUGGAUGCCAAUUAUAACAUCUUGGCUUAAAUGUCUUCCGGAAGCAAUGCAACAAAAAGACAUUCAGAACCUCCUGCAGGAGCUUGUCAACUGGCUCGUGGCUCCUGCACUCCUACUUCUUCGCAAACAUUGCAAGGAACUGGUACCAACAUCUGACAGCAACACCGUUGUCUCACUUACUCGUCUUUUUGAGAUGCUUCUCGUAGACACAGUGAAGGAGGAUUCCGAUCGCAAGAAUGUUCGUGUCUGGAUAAUGGCCAGCUUUAUUUUUUCCUUGGUUUGGUCAAUUGGAGCAACUUGUGACCAAGAUGGUCGAGUGAAGAUGGACCAAUUUCUGCGUGAAAUUCUGUCUGGAAAAAAUCCAGAGCAUCGAUUACCAGAUGCGAUAGGAAAAUGGGAGUGUCCCUUUGAUGACAAAGGACUUGUCUACGACUUCAUGUAUGAGUUGAAAGGCCGAGGACGCUGGGUCCACUGGACUGAAACGAUUAAAAAUAUUAAUCUGUCUGAUAAGAAGAUUAAAGUCCAGGACAUCAUAGUCCCCACUAUGGACACGGUCAGAUACACGUACCUCAUGGACCUUUGUAUUACAAAUGGAAAACCAUUGCUCUUUGUGGGUCCCACUGGUACUGGCAAAUCAGUCUACGUCCAAGACAAACUAAUGCACAAUUUAGAUAAGGAACUGUUCCUUCCUUUUUUCGUGAACUUCUCUGCACGCACCAGUGCAAAUCAGACCCAGAAUAUUAUCAUGUCUCGAUUGGACAAGAGACGCAAAGGAGUAUUUGGUCCUCCAAUGGGAAAGAAGUGUGUGAUCUUUGUUGAUGAUCUGAACAUGCCAGCACUGGAACAAUAUGGUGCUCAGCCUCCUAUUGAGUUGCUCCGACAAUUCUUUGACCACGGAAACUGGUACGACUUGAAAGAUACAUCUAAGCUUAUCCUGGUUGAUAUUCAGUUAAUUUCCGCUAUGGGCCUGCCUGGAGGCGGACGAAACCCUGUUACUCCCCGAUUUCUGCGACACUAUAACCUUUGCACCAUAAACACCUUUAGUGAUGAAACAAUGGUCCGGAUUUUCUCACACAUUGUAGCUUUCUAUUUCCGAAACAAUGAGUUUCCUCCAGAUUACUACACAAUUGGAAAUUACAUUGUCAAUGCUACAAUAGAAGUCUACAAAAAAGCCAUUGAAAAUCUGCUUCCCACUCCAGCUAAAUCCCAUUACACCUUUAACCUGCGGGAUUUUUCACGCGUCAUCCAGGGUUGUUUGCUCAUUAAGUAUGAAGCAGUUGAGAAUAAGCGCGUGUUCAUUCGUCUCUUUGUGCAUGAAGUAUUCCGUGUGUUCUACGAUCGUUUAGUGGAUGACGAAGACCGUGCUUGGCUAUACAGACUGAUGAAGGAUAUUGUGAAAAAUCAUUUCAGGGACAAUUUUGAUUCUCUAUUUGAGCAUUUGGCACAAGAAAAUAAACCACUCUGUGAGGAAGAUUUGAGAAGUUUGUUGUUUGGAGACUACAUGAAUCCUGACCUGGAAGAAGAUGACCGAGUUUAUGCUGAAAUUCCCUCAGUUGAAGAGUUUAAUGUUGUGGUGGAGCAAUGCCUUGAUGAGUAUAACCAGACUCACAAAACUAGGAUGAACCUCGUUAUAUUCAGGUAUGUUCUGGAACAUUUGUCACGGAUUUGUCGAGUUCUAAAACAAGCUGGAGGCCACGCCCUUCUGAUUGGAGUUGGAGGAAGUGGUCGCCAAUCUAUGACCCGUUUGGCCACUUCAAUGGCUAAAAUGGUUUUCUUCCAGCCUGAAAUCUCAAAGAGCUAUGGAGUAAAUGAAUGGAGAGAAGAUUUAAAGAAUUUAUUUCGGAGUGCAGGGAUGAAGGGUCAGAAGACUGUGUUCCUGAUUACAGACACACAAAUUAAAGAGGAAGCUUUCUUAGAGGAUAUAGACAGUGUGCUCAACACUGGUGAGGUGGCCAAUCUUUUUGCAGUUGAUGAAAAACAAGAGGUCAUGGAGGGCGUCCGAACAGCAGCUCAAACACAAUCAGGAAACAAACAUGCCGAGUUCAGCCCGCUUGCUCUCUUUGCCUUCUUUGUGAGUCGCUGCAAGGAGAACCUGCAUAUUGUGGUGGCCUUCAGUCCCAUUGGGAACGCUUUCCGCAAUCGCCUGAGACAAUUCCCCUCGCUCAUCAACUGCUGCACUAUUGAUUGGUUCCAGCCGUGGCCUGAGGAUGCCCUGGAACGUGUUGCCAACUCAUUCCUGGAAACGCUGGACCUGUCAGAAAAUGAGCGUACAGAGAUUGUUUCUAUUUGUAAAUUCUUCCACACGUCUGCCAUCACGCUCUCAGCAAAGUUCUUGACAGAGCUAAACCGGCACAAUUAUGUCACUCCCACAUCCUAUCUGGAGCUUAUUGCCACAUUCCGCCAGCUCUUAACACAGAAACGUGAUACUGUGAUGAAAGCCAAAAAGAGAUAUACGAACGGUUUGGAUAAGCUGGCUUUUGCAGAGUCUCAGGUGGGUGAGAUGAAGUUGGAACUGGUGGAACUACAACCAAAGUUAGAAAAGGCCAAAGUGGAUAAUGCUAAAAUGAUGGAGGUCAUAGAGGUAGAAUCUGAACAGGUUGAGGCGAAGAGCAAAAUAGUGAAGGUAGAUGAAGAAGCUGCUACUGAAAAAGCAAGUGAGGCCCAAGCUCUGAAGAACGAGUGUGAGAGUGAACUGGCGGAGGCCAUCCCAGCUCUGGAGGCUGCUCUUGCUGCCUUAGACACUUUGAAGCCAUCUGAUAUCACAAUCGUUAAGUCAAUGAAGAAUCCCCCCGACGGUGUCAAGCUAGUGAUGGCCGCGAUCUGUGUCAUGAAGCUCAUCAAACCUGAGAGGAUCAAUGAUCCAUCGGGAAGAGGUGACAAGAUUCUUGAUUACUGGGGUCCCAGCAAGAAGUUACUUGGUGACAUGAACUUCCUUAAAGAUUUGAAAGAGUUUGACAAGGAUAAUAUUCCAGUUGCUGUCAUGCAGAAGAUACGGACUGAAUAUCUGACCAAUCCUGACUUUGACCCACAGAAGGUAGUAAAAGCCUCCUCUGCUGCUGAAGGCUUAUGUAAAUGGAUCCUUUCUCUGGAGGUGUAUGAUCGGGUUGCAAAGGUUGUUGCUCCUAAGAAGGCUCGCCUGGCUGAGGCAGAGAGGUCGCUGGCUGAAACUAUGGCAAUUCUAAACCAGAAACGAGCUGAACUUAAGGAAGUUGAAGACAGCCUCGCUAAUCUGAAGAAUACUUUUCAGGAGAAGACUGAUGAAAAAGUGAGACUAGAGUUCCAGGUGGACUUGUGUGCUAAAAAACUGGAGAGAGCCGAGAAACUGAUUGGAGGACUAGGAGGAGAAAAAUCAAGAUGGUCAAAAGCCGCUGAUGACCUGCAAAACGUAUAUGAUAACCUGACUGGAGAUGUGUUAAUCUCAGCUGGUGUUAUAGCUUAUCUUGGGACAUUCACUGCAGGUUUCCGCCUUGAGUGCACUCACAGCUGGACCGAGCUGUGCAAGUCCAAAAAUAUUCCUUCUUCAGAUGAUUUUUUAUUGAGUAAGACAUUGGGAGAUCCUAUAAAGAUAAGAGCGUGGAACAUUGCUGGAUUACCAACUGACAGCUUUUCAAUUGACAAUGGUGUGAUUGUUAGUAAUUCUAGGCGUUGGCCAUUAAUGAUUGACCCACAGGGCCAGGCCAAUAAAUGGGUGAAAAAUUCUGAGCGAGAAAAUAAUCUGAAUAUUAUUAAGCUGACAGACACAGACUACAUGCGAGCACUGGAGAAUGCAAUACUGUUUGGAAAGCCAAUCCUGCUGGAAAAUGUUGCUGAGGAACUGGACCCUUCACUUGAGCCUCUUUUGCUGAAACAAGUCUUUAAACAGAGUGGUGUGGAGUGCAUUAAGCUUGGUGAGACAAUUAUUGAAUAUUCCAACGAUUUCAGACUCUACAUAACAACAAAGCUGAGAAACCCUCACUACUUGCCAGAGCUGGCGACAAAGGUUUCCCUCCUGAACUUUAUGAUCACACCAGAAGGGCUUGAGGACCAACUGCUAGGGAUUGUUGUCGCGAAGGAGAGACCUGAGCUGGAGGAUGAGAGGAACGCACUGAUCCUCCAGUCUGCAGCCAACAAGAAACAGCUGAAGGAGACGGAAGACAAAAUCCUGGAGACCUUACAGGGUUCAGAAGGCAAUAUUCUGGAAGAUGAGAGUGCAAUUCAGAUCCUGGAUUCUGCCAAGAUAAUGUCCAAUGAGAUCACUAAGAAACAGCAGAUUGCUGAGAAGACUGAGUUGAAGAUAGCAGAAUCUCGAGAGGGAUAUCGAUCCAUUGCUAAGCAUUCUUCCAUCCUCUUCUUCAGUAUUGCAGACCUCGCUAAUAUCGACCCCAUGUACCAGUACUCCUUGAGCUGGUUUGUCAAUCUUUACCUCAAUUCUAUCCAAGACAGUAACAAGUCCAAAAUCUUGGAGAAAAGGCUUCGUUAUCUGAAUGAUCACUUCACGUACAAUCUGUACUCCAAUAUUUGUCGCUCUCUAUUUGAAAAGGAUAAGUUGCUGUUCUCCUUCCGAUUGUGCUCUAAUCUUCUGUUGGCAAAAGAGGAGAUUGAGUACCCAGAGUUUAUGUUCCUGCUGACAGGGGGAAUCGGGCUACAGAAUGAUAUACCAAACCCUGACUCAUCCUGGCUUCAGGAUAAGAGUUGGGAUGAGAUCUGUCGUACGAAUGACCUACCAGUUUUCAAUGGCUUGAGGGAGCAUUUCUCUCAGAAUACAAACGAAUGGAGAAAGAUCUAUGAUAGUAAAGAGCCACACAAUGCUCCAUUACCAGUACCAUGGAAUGAAAAGCUCAAUAUGCUUCAGAAGAUGAUCAUUUUGAGGUGUCUUAGAUCUGACAAGAUCCUCCCAUCAGUGACAAAUUUUGUUACUGAUAAAUUGGGGAAGAAGUUUGUGGAGCCGCCUCCAUUUGAUCUUGCGAAAAGCUAUGUGGAUUCCACUGCCAAAAUACCUCUGCUGUUCAUCCUGUCUCCAGGUGCUGAUCCUAUGGCAAGUUUGUUGAAAUUCACCAAUGAUAAGAAUAUGAUUGGAGAUAAAUUCCAGGCUAUUUCACUUGGUCAGGGACAAGGACCAAUUGCUUCCAAAAUGAUUAAAGAAGCAAUCGUUGAAGGCACCUGGGUAUGUCUGCAGAACUGCCAUCUUGCUGUGUCCUGGAUGCCAACACUGGAAAAGAUUUGUGAGGAGUUCGCCAUUAGCAGCUUUCAUUCCGAUUUCCGGCUUUGGCUGACAAGUUACCCAUCCCCGAAGUUUCCUGUGACAAUAUUGCAGAAUGGUGUCAAGAUGACUAACGAACCUCCCACUGGCCUCCGAUUAAACCUGUUGCAAUCCUACCUGUCUGAUCCCAUAUCCGACCAGGCUUUUUUCCAAGCCUGCCCGGGAAAGGAACAGAUCUGGGAAAAACUCUUGUUUGGUGUUUGCUUUUUCCAUGCUCUCGUUCAAGAAAGAAGGAAGUACGGGCCACUCGGCUGGAACAUUCCUUAUGGAUUUAAUGAAUCCGAUCUGCGUAUCAGUGUCAGACAGUUACAGCUCUUCAUUAAUGAAUAUAAGACGGUUCCAUUUGAAGCCAUUACGUACCUGACUGGAGAGUGUAAUUAUGGGGGCCGGGUGACGGAUGACUGGGACAGACGUUUGCUCAUGACAAUUCUUAGUGAUUUUUACAAUCCUGAUGUAGUUGAAAACCCAAGGUAUGCGUUCUCCCCCAGUGGGAAUUACUACGCACCUCCUAAAGGGACUUAUGAGGACUACAUUGAAUUUAUUAAGAAACUGCCCUUCUCACAGCACCCAGAGGUGUUUGGCAUGCAUGAGAACGUGGACAUCUCAAAGGAUCUGCAACAAACAAAGACACUGUUUGAUUCUCUGCUUCUGACACAGGGCGGGUCAACAGGACAGGGAGGUGCCUCUGCCUCCAGCGACCAUGCACUAUUUGACAUUGCAAAUGAUAUUCUAGCAAAGUUGCCUAAAGAUUAUGAUAUUGCGGACGCUCUAGAAAAAUACCCAGUACGUUAUGAAGAAAGCAUGAACACAGUGUUAGUGCAGGAGAUGGAGCGAUUCAAUAAUUUAAUCCGCACAAUACGAUCCACUCUUCAGAACCUUCAGAAGGCGAUUAAAGGUUUGGUGGUGAUGAAUUCUGAGCUGGAGGCCCUGGCCAGCAGCCUGCUGGUGGGAAAGCUCCCUGAUACCUGGGCUAAACGCUCCUACCCCAGUCUUAAGCCUCUUGGGAGCUAUGUCAACGACUUCAUGGCCAGGUUAAAAUUCUUGCAGGACUGGUUUGAUGAAGGAAAACCCAGCAUGUUCUGGGUCUCUGGGUUCUUUUUUACCCAAGCUUUCUUGACUGGAGUCAUGCAGAAUUAUGCCAGAAAAUACACCAUCCCUAUUGACCUACUGGGAUUCCAGUUUGAGGUUCUGAACACAGACACAAUUAAUCGCUCUCCAUUGGAUGGAGCGUACAUUCAUGGAUUGUUCCUUGAUGGUGCUCGAUGGGACCGAAACCUGGGAUUGUUGGCCGAACAGUUUCCAAAAGUCCUCUUUAGUACAAUGCCAAUUGUCUGGAUAAAACCAGGUCAAAAGUCAGAUUUUAAGAAAGUAACCGACUACAUGUGUCCAAUCUACAAAACAAGCGAACGCAAAGGAACUCUCUCCACCACCGGCCAUUCAACCAACUUUGUUAUUGCAUUGCUUCUGCCGACAAACAAACCAGUUCAGCACUGGAUCAAACGUGGAGUUGCACUGCUAUGCCAGCUGGAUAAUUAGUGGUAUUGAUUUUCUGUUAAACAAUUAAAAUUUAUUUCCAUUGAUUAUAAUCUCUGGGACAUCAACUGUUGAGCACUUUAAGGCAGAACAUCAUUCAUUGUGGGUUUAUUUUAUUGUUUAGAAAAAAGCAACAUCUAUUCAGAGAAGAAUUAAUAUGGGAAAAUAUUUUCAUAGAGGUUUUAGUAUAGAGCUUCACAAGCAGCAAAAAAGAAGCCUGUGGAUUUCUAUGUGCUAUGGAAAGAUUUAGGCGUCAAAGUUGAAAAUGGAGUCCCAGAUCUGUCAUUUUGAUCAUAUGAAUGUGUGUAAAUGUAUUAUCUGUUUUAAUGCUACUAUUAGCAAUAUUAUUGGAAUCUUUCCAGUUUCUUUCCUAUUUCUCCAAAAUUAGUCAAAUGAAAAAAAACAUCACUAUACUCUUUGCAUUUUGUACAAUUUGUGCUUUAUUCUGGCAAUAACAAUAUUUUUUCUUCUGUAUCCUUGUAUUAAAUUUAUUAGUAGUAAUUUCAAA